AUGAAGUUCCUCAACCUCGCAGCUCUCGCAACCGCAGUCGUCGCUCAAAGCGACUUGGCCAGCAUCAUCGCGUCCCAAGAAGAUUUGUCCACUCUGGCCGAACUGCUCGCUUUGGUCCCCGACAUCGCAGAGACUCUCGUAUCCGCAAGCAACAUCACCAUCUUCGCUCCCACCAACAAAGCCUUUGACUCAGUCCCCCGCGACAUCCCCGAAGGAGAAGCCAUUUCGCAAAAGAACGACACCAUCGCCAUUGGCGCUCUUCUCUCCAACCACGUCUUCAAGGGAUACUACCCUGCUAGUGUUGCUACGGACAUUCCUGUCUUUGUGCAGUCUCUUCUGGAUAGUAGCUUUGUUAAUUACCGUCAGCCUUUUGGGAACUUUACUGGUGGGCAGUAUAAUGGGAUUGUGAAGGAUGGUGAUGAUGUUGUUGUCAUCUCUGGUGAAGAAACUCUUUCCUACGUGACUGAAGCUGACAUCAAAAUCGGCGACUCAGUCAUCGUCCACAAGGUCGACACAGUCCUCAGCUUCGGUGCUCCCCUUCAACUCUUCACCCGCCGCGACAACCUCCUGAACUUCAACGCCGCCAUCAACGCAGCCGAUCUGCCCAUCAACUUUGGCAACAUUGGUGCCGACACCUCUGGUCUUCAGAACAUCUCCGACUUCACCGUCUUCAUCCCCAACGACCCAGCCUUUGAAGCUAUCGGUUCUGUCCUCGAGAGCGCUGAUCUGGAGACGCUCCAGCAGGUUCUCAAGUACCAUCUUGUCGAUGAUGUUCUCUUCUCUACGGAUCUGGCGAAUGUCACUGUUCCUAGCUUUCAGGGAGCUGAUCUGACUUUUACUGUUGCUGAGGAUGGAAGUGCUUGGGUUAAUGGAGCGAAGAUUCUGUUCACUAAUGUUCUUCUCUUCAAUGGUGUCGCUCAUAUCAUUGACACUGUCCUCAACCCUGCCGAUGACCCCUUUGACCGCGCAGACAUCAAGCCCGCCGCCGAUGCCACCGACCGUCUCGCCUUCCCCUCCGCUACACCUGUCUCCAAGCUUCCCUUCUCCGUCAUCAGCUACGCAGGCGAGAGUGAGACUUACACUACUCCCGAGCUCCUCCGAACUCUUCAGGCUAUCGAUGUUAGCGCUCUCGCAACUGCCACUGCUACUGCUACUGCUACUUCUGAUGCUGGCGCUGCUACUACUCCUACUGGCGAUGUGACUCCCGUUGUUAACGGUGCCAACACCAAGGUCGUUGCUGGAGGAGCUGGUCUGUUUGCUGUUGUUGCUGCUAUGAUGAUGAUCUAA